GUGGCGGCCAAGGCUGUCGCGGCUGGACAGUGCUCAGGCCGGAGGACCAGUGGUGCCCAGACUUACCUUUGACCUUUUCCUUCCCGCCUUGGCUUGUGAACUCCGCCUCCUCUCAGUUUUUCUGAUCCAGGAAAUCAGACCUGGACCCAAAUCAUGUUCCCGGUAAAGGUAAAAGUGGAGAAAUCAGAGAUGGAGAUGGCCAAAGCCCGGAACCAGCUGGAUGCCGUUCUUCAGUGUCUGCUGGAGAAGAGUCACAUGGACAGGGAACGCCUGGAUGAGGAAGCUGGGAAAACCCCCUCGGAUACACACAACAAGGACUGCGCCAUUGCGGCCACUGGCAAAAGGCCAUCUGCCCGCUUCCCCCACCAGCGGAGGAAGAAGAGGCGGGAGAUGGACGAUGGGCUGGCUGAGGGGGGUCCUCAGAGAUCCAACACAUAUGUGAUCAAGCUGUUCGACCGGAGUGUGGACUUGGCCCAGUUCAGCGAGAACACACCACUGUACCCCAUCUGCCGUGCCUGGAUGCGCAACAGCCCCACAGUGCGAGAGCGGGAGCGGUCCCCCAGCUCACCACUGCCCCCUCUGCCUGAGGAUGAAGAGGGUUCAGAGGUCAUCAAUAGCAAAAGCCGCGAUGUGUACAAGCUGCCUCCGCCCACAGCCCCUGGACCUCUUGGAGAGGGCUGCAGAUCACGAAUUCCGUCCCCACUGCAGCCUGAGACCCAGGGCACCCCUGAAGACGAGCCCUCUGAGCCCGAGCCUUCGCCCUCCACACUCAUCUAUCGGAACAUGCAACGCUGGAAGCGCAUUCGCCAGAGGUGGAAAGAGGCGUCUCAUCGGAACCAGCUUCGCUACUCCGAGAGCAUGAAGAUCCUGCGGGAGAUGUAUGAUCGGCAGUGAUGGUCCCGGUCCCCUCCCCAAUAAACCUGCCCCCAGCCACA